AUGGAACCAGGCAACAAGCGCAAACUUGAUUUGCCCCCUUCUGCUGCUCGCAGUGGCAAUGAAGUCUCCCCUCCGCCCAAGAAAAGGCUGGCUGGGCCUGCUUUUCCUCCAUCGCAGUCCACGGGGUCCGAACAGAACAAAGACAACAGAGAAACUGGUCCAAGCGACAGUGAACAUGAUAGCGAGAGCGAUAGCGAUGAUGACUUUGGACCUAGCCUGCCUCCUCCCCAAGGGGCGCCUCUACCUGUCGAGCAGCCUGACAAUACGCCGACUUCUAUGACCUUGCAGCAGCCCGACGCGAAGAAAGACAGCCAGCGAGACCACUGGAUGCUACACCCCCCAGACCAAAGUGAUUGGGCGUCUAAGAUAGAUCCAACGCAACUUCGCAACCGGAAAUUUCAAAGCGGCAAGUCUGCUCGCUCGUCUACGUCGAAACAUGUUGAUGUGUCGUGGAUGGAAACCCCAGAGGAGAGAAUCAAGAGACUGGAAGAUGAAGUAAUGGGUGUUGGUACAUCGCAUAGUAGCAAAGGUCGGGGCAUCGCGUCCACUUCAAGUAAAAUUCGAGCCCAAUCUAUGGAAGAAAAGAUCAAGAAGUUCAAUGACCGAACAGGAAAAAAUAUCCGUCUUAAUGACCGAGCGCCCCCACGGAACGAGGAAGAGGAUGACCCGAGUAAGCGUGCGUUCGAUCGGGAGAAGGACAUGGCAGCUUCGUCGAAAAUAUCCAAUGCCCAGCGCCGAGAAAUGAUGAAUAAGGCAAGUGGUUACAGCUCACGCUUCACGAAAGGGGACUUCCUCUGA